ACGUGUUUCUUGUAAACUCAGUCCGAUCAAAACCCUAACUCGCUUUCAGUUUUUCUCUACACUCUACAGUAUAAUACUCUCUAGUCUCUACCAAACUUCCGCCAUUGGCUUCAGUAGAAAUGGAGCUCUGCACAUGUCGAGCUGUGUCCAAUCUUUCAAAGCCUCGCCUUUUCGCUCCCCGUCCGAGAAGCCAUGAUCGCGUUCCCUGGAUCAAGAAGGCUUCGCGUUUUGGGUUCACUCCAGGAGUGUUACAGUAUUCCAAUUCGUCUAUCAGAUUAGCAAAAUCAGAUGAAUCAUCUAGCUUUACUAGUCAGUAUGUGAAAGAUGAACCUGAUAGCAUUGAAACUGCUGAUGAUACUAAAUCUGGUGAGCAGACUAGUGCUUAUGUAUCUUUGCAUAAUGAAGCAUCUGAACAAGAGGAUAACUAUGACACUGCCAAGGAGAAUGAGAAAUCAGAAGACAAUCCUCUCUCUGAACUUCAAGGGAAAUUGUCUGAGUUUUUUGAUCAGCUUGAUAUAGAGAUUGAUUCUGAAAAUUUGUCCUCGCUGUUUAUAUUUGGUGGUGGUGGUGGUGUUGCCCUUUGGUUAACAAGUGCUGUUGUUGGUGCUAUUGAUUCUAUCCCUCUGUUCCCCAAAUUGAUGGAAGUUGUUGGCAUUGGCUAUACACUGUGGUUCACCAACCGCUAUCUGCUACUCAAGAAAAACAGGGAGGAGUUGGCGUCAAAAAUUGAAGAGAUCAAGAAGCAAGUGUUGGGUUCAGAUCGCAAUUGAGCCCUGUUCUACGAAGGGUGAAGAUAAAAGGGGGCUCCGAAAUUCGUUUUUCUUUUAAGUCUGUGGCAGUUGUGCAUGCCAGAAUGGGGAUAUGGAGUUUUUGGUGUAUAUUUAUAUAUAUGUUUUCAGUUUUCAUUUCCAUCAUUGGGAUCCUUUGUUUUCUGGUAGUAGAGUUGAAAAUGCCUGUAGAUACUGCAGCUUCACAAUUCUAUAGAGAUGGUUGAUAGGUGCUUUCAUGGAUUAUGCUAUUGGUUCAUAAAAUGUGGACUUCCCAAUCA